CUAUGGUUCUGCGUAGAUUGCCUAGGCCAAUCCGCCUAGCGUGUGGCGGUGAUGUCAAGAGAGAGAUCCGUCCCCUCGAUACCCCGCGUUUCCUAUCAUCUCCAACCUCCGAUCGCGACGCCAGACGAUUCCAAUUUCAAGUGCCCCUUGAUAGCCAACAGACCAUCCCGUCAAUUACCACUGCUUAGCAUCUCCGGUCCGAUUCGGGUCUGGUUUCCGCAGCGGACAGUCAAGUGUAGUUGACCAUUGCCUUCUCUCUUCGUUCCUCCAUUUUACGAUUGUUAAUAGCCAUAUGGUCUCAAUUACUCCUUCGCACAUUUGUGUACAUCAUUUGCACACCAUCCUGUGAUUAAUCCACAUCGACGAUGCGUCUUCUACCCGAGCCCGCGGUCGCCCAAAUCCUGCGAGAGUUGACCCCGACACAGUGUCAUGGCUUCCUCGACACCCUCUGUGAGGCCCUGAAAAACGUAUCAUCUCAGUCAGAAUCGUCUGGACAGGAGCGACUCAUUCAUCAACCCCUCCGCAGCACCAUCGUCACCAAGGAACAGAACCUGUCUCUCUUCAUGCCUGUUUCCAACACCGUCACCACCGGCAUCAAAAUCGUGACUGCUUCCCAGUCCAACGGGAUCAUCGGAGUGAUCAACAUUUUCUCCCCGGAGGGCAAGCUGCAAGGUCUCCUCAGCGCAGCGGAGAUCACGGCCUUCCGCACCGCCUUGGCAAUCAUGUCGCUAUUCCUACGCUGCGCAACCAUCCCAAAGGAACACAUCUUGAUCUUCGGUUCGGGAAGACAGGCAGAGUGGCAUGCCAGACUAGCACUCCUCCUGGCUCCCGAUCAGAUUAAGAAGAUUACUUUCAUCAACCGAGGUCGUCGGCGAAUGGCAGAGCUAGAGAAAGACGUGAUCGCCGAUCUACGAUCGAGUCAUCCUAACGUGACAUUUUCUACUUUGGUCAAAGAAGACACUCCCGAUUAUGAGGAGAUGCUUCGCACCGAACUGGCUUCGUGCGAUGUGAUUUUCAGCUGUACGCCCGCGACAGAGCCAAACUUCCCGUCCACGUAUCUCCAGCCGUUCAAGCCUCGGUUUAUCUCCCUUAUCGGCUCGUACAAACCGCAUAUGCGGGAGGUAGACACUGAUACGCUCCUGUCGGGCGGCGGUAAGAUCUAUGUGGACUCAAAGGAGGCGUGCCUGGAGGAAUCUGGGGAGUUGAUUCUGGCGGAGGUGAAAGAGGACCAGCUGGUGGAGAUUGGGGAAUUGUUUGGGGGAAUAGGAAAGGAGGAGCCGAUUGAGGUGCCGGAGGGUUGUAAUGUGGUGUUCAAGUGCGUGGGAAUGGGGAUUAUGGAUUUGGUGGUCGGGAAUAAGCUGUUGGAGGUUGGCCGGGAACGAGCAAUUGGGAUCGAAGUGGAUGGCUUUUAGAAGUAGUGGAUAUCCAUGUGUAGAACGAUACAUAGAUCGUCUUAGUGGUUACUUUAGUGAUAUACUCCGUAUCUCCGGCGCUGUGGUGGUGGUGGGCGAUAAGUCCCCCAUGCAUGCACGGCUGGGUCAAGUCACGCG